UUUGUCAUAUUGAUGAUAUUUUAUUUCCAAAAUCAUACUUAGGAAAUUAUAACUACUUAUUGAAUUUUUAUAGAAUGAGCAACCACAGACACAUCAAAAAAGCGUCAUUAUGCUUAAAAAUCAAAUUUGUGUCUCAAUAAAUAUAAUAAAUACUUUAUGGCAUGCAUAAAAAUCGACUGAACUAGAAUUAGUAAUUGAAAUUGAAUCAUUAUGUUUCUAAAAGACAGAUUACAAAAAAUAAACAAGUUUUUUAAAUAUUAAUAUUAAUGUGCAUUUUUGUGCAAAAUCAAUCAAGAUGUUGGCUCGAAUCCAUGCACUAAACACUAUUGAUUCUUCAGAUGAUAGUGAUUCUGGGGAUUCUGAAAAUGAACUUACACUCACCAAGGAAGCUUUGGAAGAAUUAGCUUUAAAGGAAUACAAUAGGGCCUUGAAUUUAUUAUCAGCAGGCAAGAUUGAUGUGUCUGUUAGGCUUAUGAAGGAAUUGUUGGAUUGUGAUAUUAUAGUAAAGACUGUUAAACCUAUUGUUCCUGAUACUGUGGAUCGGCCAAUUUUGAGGGUAAAAUAUUGUCUUCAUAGAAAUUUAGCUGCUUCCGCUGAUAAACAAGAGGAUUACCAAAAUGCUUUACAUCAUUACUGCAUGGCAUGCGAUUUGGAUGGAACUGAUUGUUAUGUGUGGUAUAAGUUGGGGCAAGUUGCCAUGAAAGCUAAAAGAUUUGAUAUUGCAUUACAUGCAUUUGAUCAGGGUUUGGAAUGCAAUUCAAAUCACUGGCCUUCAAUGGAUUGCUUAAUAAGACUUUUAUAUGCUAUGGGUCAUCCUGAGAAUUGCUUGCAUUACAUAAAAAUUGCUUUAGAAAAAGAGCCACAGUAUAGAAGAGGACAUUUUCUCAAAAAUCUAAUAUUUUCAGAACGCCCAUUUUUAAAGAAAUAUUAUGAUAAACUUGAAUUUCCUGAAACAAAAUUUGGUGAAGAGAAUGAUGCAGAGUUUAUGUCAGAUGUCAUAAAAUUGCGAGAACAGUGCUGUGAUGAAACACUUGGUGAAUCCUGCGAUGAUAAAUUAGGAAUAUUUGAUGUUCCAGAGAAUUUUUAUUGUGAUGAAAAUAGUUUAACAUGGAUUGCUAUGGGAAAUUUGCUGCUAAAGAUAUUUACAUACUUAAAAGAAAAUGACCUGCUAUUAAAUCAAGUAAACUUUUCAGUUUUAUCAGAAAAGCUAAAUUUAAUAAAAACUGAAAUACUGAAUGACAAUAACGAUAGUAUGAGCCAUAUAAAUUAUGCAUUAGAAAGUAUUGUACAGCAAAAUAUUGAAGCAUUGAAGCAGCAAUGUGAAGAAGGAGUUUUAUUAGAAACUAAUGAUGAGCUAUUAGCUGAUACAAACAUAUAUGAAAUACUUAGUGAUGACAAUGUUAAUUCAUUAUCCGAAAACCCAGAAGUAAUAGAAAUUUCUGACACAAAUGAUAAGGAUUCAAAAGAUUGCCAAAAGGAGAGUGAAGCUUCUGAUAAUAAUAAUGAUCCCAAAGAUGACAUUAAAGAUACUCAAAGCAACAAAUCUGAUCAGCCGCAACAAAGUGGUACAAAAGGCCCGAAAAAAAGAAGAGGUAGUGAACUAGCAAAUUUAGAUCAUUGGGGAAAAUCAAAACAAAGAAGAAGUUCUCGCAAAAAAAAUAUUGAAAAUGUAUCGAGGCAAUGUGAUGAUGAUGAAACUGUUGAAGAGGCUUUAAAGCGUAUUGUACCACAAAGUUUACUUCCUGAAGGCUUGAAAAUAUGGAAAUCCAGACGUUUGGAAAGUGAUGCACAUUCAGAAGAUAGCAUGAAUACUAUGGAUCUUUAUGAAUUAUUUGAAAAUGAACAAGUUGAAAAUUCACAAAAGGGGAAAACUGAGGAAGUGAGAGUCAAAACUCCAAAUGCAGAAGAUUUGAAGAAAAAUAGAAAUAUUUGUGAACUGAUGAGAUCCUGGCUAAAGAAUUUGUCGAAUAUUAGAUUUAUGACUUGGCCAAAAUCUUUAAAUGAAAUUUUUGUUAAUGUAUAUUUGAAGCAUCGUGAAAUACUUGCUGAGCAUCCAUGGAUCUUCACAGAUGAUUCAAGCUUGUUAGCAGAAGAUGCAAUUAUCACAUUGACUUUUAUCGAAUUUUAUUUUGAUUCUCGACAUUAUCAAGAAAAAAAUUUUGAAGGGAUUGAUAAGAGUGCUUUGGAAAUAAAUAACAAAUUAUUUUUAGAAGAUAUAAACUUUUUAGAUUUGCUAGGGGGACGAGAUGAUAUUUUUAAUGAUGGUCCUUUUAACUUUUUAAUUCGUUUCCUUUGGAUUAAAUCACAAUAUCUUCAUUCGCAGAAACAAGCUGAUAGAGCAAUUGAAUGUUUACAAUAUGUAAUCAAAAGUAUUGAGACGGAAGAAAAUGAAAAGUUCAUGAUCAACUUGCCAAACUGUAGAAUGAAUCAUACAAUUAGUUUGGAUGCAGCAAAGAUAUUGCUGAAAAAAUGGGAGAGAAUGGAGAGUCUAUUAAGUCUUAAAGAGCUGUAUGAAAAGAAAAGCUAUGAAAAAAUUGCUGAUGUUUUAAUGGAUUAUUUAGUUACUGAUGAUAGUUUAAUUAUAUAUGAUGAUAAUGAUAAUGAAGAAGAUAAAGAUGCAAUACCUCGACCAAUUUUGUUGCAUAUCCUCGUGGAAUCACUUUGGGUGAUGGAGAAAUUUGAUAUUUUGCUGAAGUGCUCUGUUUUGUGCUUAUAUGAAUGCUGCCAGCGAUAUUUUACUGGAAAUGUUGCUAUGAUUUCAAAUACCUGGGCGAAAACCAUUCAAAGCUUGCUCCUUUAUAUAGAAGCUAUUUUAAAAGUGGAGGAACCAUAUUCUGCUUUGAUGAGCAUCUCAGAUAAUAUCUUAUGCAAAUUAGUGAAAUGUCUAUGCAAUAUUAUUGUGCAUCAGUUGAGCGAUAGAUCUAUGAAAAUAUACCAUCAUUUCUCUCAAAUUAAUUUAAUUAUGCCAUGGAUAUUACUCUACUACAUCACUGGCUUCCAUGAAGCUCGUGGGCGUGAUGAGAAUAUGAAAAUGCGGAAAUUUUGUCCUGGUUAUUCUAAAUGGAUUGUAAAACAACGUCUUUCUCAACCCAAAAUGGAUGAAUUUAAGACAUUGCAUGAAAUUGAGGAAGGUGUUGACGAUGAUGACAGCUUUUCAUUAUCUACUUCCAUUCAGUUACUAUUUACUGCUCACGAUUACUUGGGAAAACGCAAACUCUGCACUGCCAGCAGUGGAUUAUUACUCUCUUUUACAUUGAACGAGUUGGCCUUGCGUGUUAAGUUCAAUAGUCCGCGUAGAAUUUUACAGGAAAAUUUAGAGCAGUGCUGUUACUGUCUUUAUGCACAUCCUCCUAAAAAAUCGAAACCAAGACACAUAACGGAACAUGAUGUUGCACCUGUUGAAAUGAAAUGGGAGGAUGCUCAUAAAAUUUAUGAAAUAUAUCGUCCAGAUAAAUUGCCUGAGUUUGAUAGCAGGGUAGCUGCUAUAGUUGCAGACACUGAAAUUUUAUUCCAACGCCUGAUACAACUUAUGCCGAUGCUAGGUGAUAUACAAGAUAAGGUUACCGCAAUGAACAAAUUUAUAUUUGGAUCUGAGAAACAUAUGCCCGAAAAUUUUAUGGGAAUGCAUCAUCAUAUGGUGAACAUAUUUUAUUUGUUGGGCGAUUUCUACAUGAAAAAUCGCGAUCUACCAAAAGCCAUUAAGCAUUAUACAAUGGACGUUUGUGUUGUUCCUUCCAGACUGGAUUCCUGGGCAGGCAUGGCGCUGGCGCUUGCAUCCCAGAUUGAAACAAAGUUAUACUCUUGCGAGAAAAUUAGUGAAAAUAAAUUUUUGGAUAAUGCAUUUGCAACUGCAAAAUGUUUUGAACAGACACUGGAGUUAAAUCCGAAGCAUUGUGUUUUACUCAUAGAAUUUGGAUCAUUUGCAUACUUAAUUCAUUCUUACUGGUCAAGACUUCUUAAGCAGGCUAGUGAGACUCUCAGCAUGGAGAGAUUUAGCAUGUUGGAAAGUCGCAAAGAAAGCAUGCUUGAACGAGCAUACAUCUGCUUCACUGAAGUAAGAAAAGUUUGGUGUGAAACAAGUACUGAUGCAGAUGAACGAUGGUUGCAUCAUUAUAUGCUUGGAAAAAUUGCAGAAAAACUUAAAAAAGAUCCUGUUGAAUAUCUGAAUCAUUAUUGGGAGGCUAGUCGAUUACUUGAAGAAAAUAAUGCUAUGUAUCCUCGAAAAAUUAAUUACUCUUCACCACAACAUUUGGCAGUAGAAGCUCUAGAAGUAUUUUAUAGAUUACAUGCAAGCAUUUUGAAAUAUUUAGAGCAUCACAACAAUACUAAUAUUUCACGAGAUUUGGGAGAUUUGUUUUUGAAGCAUUUAAUUGCAGCAUCAAAAGGCCCAUUUGGUAAUCCAGAGCUUGUUAAUGCAGUUACUAUGGACGAAUCUGAUGAUCAAAAAGAAAAUGUAAACAAACGUAAACUUGAAACUGUUGCCGAAGAAAAUGAAAAUGAGAUGAACCCAGUCAAAAUUCAAAAAAUUAAUGAUGAUGUUUCAAUAAGCAAAUCACCGAAGCCCUCUAGCGAUUUGUGUGAACCGGGUACUCCGAAAAUAUCUUCUGCAAAUCCGGAGGGUAAUAUUGUUACUUCAACUCCUAUUGUUGAUAAACCAGCUGAGCUGGACGAUAGCGUCAUAGUUAUAUCAGAUUCCGAUGAUGAAACAUCAAAACCCUCUGAACAGAAUACUAAAGAAGAACAAGUUGAGGCAAAUAAGCAGACUAUUGAGCCAGAUAAACAACCAGCCAUAACCGAGAAUGUAGAAAAAGAUAAACCUGCUGAAGUUGUUGAUCCGCAAGAAACACUCAAUCAUCUUAUGAAGGAAUGCCUUGAAAAAAUGGAGUUUUCUGAAGAAACUGAUACUGCAUCUGAGGCAAGGCGCAUGUCUCAAUCCAGCAGCAAUACAAAAGCUGUAACUGAUACAUCAUCAUCUUCCAGCGAUGAUAGUUCAAGUGAUAAUUCAAAUGAUUCAAAUAAUAGUUCAUCAAGUGAUAAUUCAAGUUCUUCUAGUGAUAGUUCAAGCUCUAGUGAUAGCGAGGAUGAAACAAGCAAGGCUAGUAGUAAGGCUAGUAAAACUAGUAGGUCGUCUAAAAAGUCUACAUCAAACUCAUCCAAAGCAAAGAAAAAAUCCGAGUUUUUGACUAAAGCUGAAAUUGAUAAACUUAUCACAUUGUGUAUUGUGAGUUUAGAAGAAUGUAUCCACAGAUGUCCACAACAUUACAAGGCUUUCUAUCGUUUGGGCUAUCAUUUCUUAAAGCACGGUGUUACUAAAAAGCAAUUAAUGCGUUAUGCUUCGCCGAACGCCCCUCCAAUGACUGGUUCAACAUUAUGUAAACAACUACUUAUGACUACUUAUAACCAGGGAACAGAAGCUGCCAUUCAAGGUUUAUUUUCUGAUAGAAAGCCUAACAAUUUCUUCAAUGGUAUAUGGCGUUUACCAGCAAGCGACAUCGACCGUGCAGGCAGCUUUGCCUCUCAUAUGUCACGAUGUGUUACACUUCUUAUGGAUGUUUUGAUGGAAACUGGUGAUCAUAGAACGCUUUUGGAACUUUGUCUGCAGCUUCAGAAAACUCCAGAUGCAGAUAAGAAAUAUCUUCGAGAUCCAGAGCGUGAAGAGUUAUCCCAGCAAGCAUUGACACUAUGUGUGCAGACAUUGAGAAACCGAUUGAAGAAACUUUCUGAGACGAAAGCCAAAGCCGAUAUAAUUACUUUCAUGUUGGAUGUUUUCAGAACACAUAAGAAAGCUAAGAAACAUCUGCAGCAAAAAGAGAAAUCUUUCUCAUUGUUGCUUACAGAUGCAUAUAAACUUUAUACAGAUGGCAAGGAAGUUGAUAGUUCUCAUUUAUUUGAUGCUGCAGUAAGAUUUUGUCAACAACAACUUGCAACAAGAAGGCAGAACAAUCAAAUCUCACCUGUGCCUGUAUCUCAAAUGGUUCAAAGUGCUGCACCAUCAGUUCAAAUGCAGCAGUCGGUGGUAAGCAAUCCCGCUCCUUCUAUUCCAAUCCAACAAUCUUUGUUCAAUCCUAUGGUGCAAAGUUUUUCAUCACCAGUCAGUUCUUUUGCACAUGUUCCUAAACCAAGAGGACGACCUCCAAAUAAUCCGAUAGCUACAUACAGCAUGCCUAGUGAACAAGCACAAUUAUCUAACAUGUUAUUAAAUCAAUAUAUGUCUAUGCUAAAUGAUUUUUCGAAACUUCCACAAGCUGCGGCGGCCCAAGUACUAGGGAAAUUUCCUAAUCCUUUCACUGGACUCAAUGUGCUUCCUGGUCAGCCAAGCACAAGUAGUUCCAUUAGAUCUGCACAAAAAAAGAUGAAUUCCCCUACUACAAGUGUAAAUAAUAGUGCAGCUUCCCUUGGAAUUAGCCCUCUGAUGAAUCCUAUUUCAUCAACAAAUUUAAAUAUGUUAUCUUCUCCUACUAAAAGCAAUACUAAUAAUUCAUCUCCAACAUUAAACGUUGUGCCAAAAAAGAUAAAUAUGGGCAUAUCAUCACCCAGUUCUUCUACUACUGCAUUUUCUGCAACAUCUAAACAUGCAAACCAAGUUCCUCCUGGAGUUUCCAAUGUGACUCCCACAAAAAAUCCAUACAAUGUUGGAUCUUACAUGAGUCCUGGUACAGGAUUUACAAAUAUGAACAAUGAUCUCAAUAACAUGUUCAAGAACUUUUUUCAAAGUAAUGCUCCUAAAAAGCAUACUUCAGAUUUAUCAAAAUUACGUGAUAAGUAUAAGGUGCAGUCGAAUAACAUAAUGGGUUCUAAAAAUCCUAUGACAUUCACUCAAGAAAUGACUUAUAAGCCGUCUAAAAAGGGACGCCCACCAAAAAUGAGCAUGGAUUUCAGUAAUAAAUCUGCCAGUGCUGCACCCAAACCUAUUAAUAUUAAAAAUCAGAAGGACUGCCUACCAAACACAUCAGCAUUAACAUGUACAGUAGUCUCUUCAAAAGCUAAAGACUCACUCAAAGCCCACCCAGCUCUUACAUCCUUGCCCAAUAUUACUAUUACUCCUGUCCAGAAAGCUUCAAAUCCGUUUCCGCAAAAACAACCACAAACUGACACUCCAAUUAUAAGACCGCAUGCACAACCUGCACAUAUUCAAACAAGUCCAGGAAAAAGUUUGCAGGAGAAAUUAGCUGAAAAAAAGAAAAGCACGAUGGAAUCAAAAAUAAUACGUAUUGAUUAGUUUGUAUAUAUGAAUUAUAUUUUAUUUGACUUAUAUCAGUAUUCAAAGUCUUGUAAUAUUUAUCAUAAAACAUAUUUAAGUACUAAAUAUUACUAAAAGUACUAAAUAAAAA